GGUGACUUUGUGUUUCCCGGUCUGCAGCUGGGGGCCGAGAACGCCGACAGCAUCGGCGCCGUGCUCAACAGCAAGGAUGAGCAGCGGGAGAUCGCGGAAACCAGGGAGACCUGCAGGGCUGCCUAUGAUACUUCUGCACCAAAUGCAAAACGUAAAUAUCCAGAUGAGGGAGAAGCUGAUGAGGAAGAGAUUGAAGAAUAUAAGGAUGAAGUAGAGCUGCAGCAAGAUGAUGAAAACCUGCCUUAUGAAGAAGAGAUUUACAAAGAUUCCAGUACCUUUCUUAAGGGCACUCAGAGCUUAAAUCCACACAACGAUUACUGCCAGCACUUUGUGGAUACAGGACACAGACCCCAGAACUUCAUCAGAGAUGUUGGCUUAGCAGAUAGGUUUGAAGAAUAUCCAAAACUUAGAGAGCUCAUCAGAUUGAAGGAUGAGCUGAUAUCUAAAUCUAACACUCCUCCCAUGUAUUUGCAAGCAGACUUGGAAGCCUUUGAUAUUAGGGAACUGAAGUCCAAAUUUGAUGUGAUUCUCCUGGAGCCACCAUUGGAAGAAUAUUACCGAGAGACUGGCAUUACUGCCAAUGAAAAAUGCUGGACCUGGGAUGAUAUCAUGAAACUGGAAAUUGAAGAAAUUGCAGCCCCAAGGUCAUUUGUGUUUCUGUGGUGCGGCUCAGGCGAGGGUCUGGAUCUCGGCCGAGUGUGUCUGCGCAAAUGGGGUUACAGAAGAUGUGAGGACAUUUGCUGGAUUAAAACAAAUAAGAACAACCCUGGCAAGACCAAGACUCUAGACCCUAAGGCUGUCUUCCAAAGAACCAAGGAGCACUGCCUCAUGGGCAUCAAGGGCACCGUGCGCCGCAGCACCGACGGCGACUUCAUCCACGCCAACGUAGACAUCGACCUCAUCAUCACCGAGGAGCCUGAGAUCGGCAACAUUGAGAAACCCGUGGAGAUUUUCCACAUCAUUGAGCAUUUCUGCCUCGGGCGACGGCGGCUUCACCUCUUUGGGAGGGACAGCACGAUUCGACCAGGUUGGCUGACGGUGGGACCCACCCUCACAAACAGCAACUUCAACGCGGAAACGUAUUCCUCGUAUUUCACGGCUCCCAAUUCCCACCUGACCGGCUGCACCGAGGAGAUCGAGAGGCUGCGGCCCAAGUCCCCACCGCCCAAGUCCAAGUCUGACCGGGGCGGGGGAGCUCCCAGAGGAGGAGGAAGAGGAGGGACUUCGGCGGGACGGGGAGAAAGGGGCAGGGAGAGGAACAGGACCAACUUCCGCGGUGAGCGGGGCGGCUUCAGAGGGGGCCGUGGAGGGACCCAUCGAGGGGGAUUCCCAACCCGCUGAGGAGGUGCCGGCUGCUUCCCCCGGCCCACGCCUCGCCUGGGAAUCUUUCCUGCAGUCUUGUUUUUCCUACAGUGAAUUCCUCUGGGGACUCAAGGCAGAUGACUUUUACAAUUGUCUUGGUGCGCGCCGUUGCAGGCAGUCGGCCUUGCAGGUGUGGCACAGCCCCUCGCCCGGCCACGUCCUGCACAGGCAGCACUGAACUCAGAGCAGAGAGCACCGGCCCUUCACACCACGGGUAGGAUGGAAGUGACCCCCUUGCUCUUCCCUUAGGAACCUUGCAAUGUGGAGACUGCUUUUUCAACUGCAUUUUCUCCAAAACACGGAUUCCUCCUCCGUCUUCAGAGGUUUGGACUGGAUUGCAUUAAUAUGGUGGAGCGGGCACAAAAUGCAGUUCUGAAUUGCAUGGCCACAGCAGACUUGCUGUCCUAUGGAAGAAAAAGUGCUGUGUCUGUAUUGACACCUAUUUUAACUUCUCUGAAACCAAGGAGCAAAUGAAAUAAAUAGCAUUCUAUUUUUUCUUAUUUGGUUUAAACUUCCCAAAUUAUUCCUGGGAAUAGGAAAAGGUUAAUUUUUAAUUUGUGGUGUAUCUGCACUCACCUGUGGUGUCAGUAGUGGGGAGUGUGGCAAUUCUAUGCAGCUGUGUGUCAUCCUUCCUGCAGAGCACCGAGUUGUGCAUUUCUGUACAGCCCAGAAGUUGUGAACAGGCCUGGGCUGCUCCUGGGGUGGGGAUUUUCCCCAGCGUGUGUCUGUAGCACCUUUGUUCCCCGGAGGGAGGAGCAGCAGCGUCACUGCAGAGCGAGGCGCGCACACGGAGUGGUGCGAGCCUGUGGAACACGGCUGGAACUGAGCCUGAGGGUGGGGCACACAUUUGGGAAGGGCUGUUGCUGAUCCAGUGCAGUGUGGAAGGACACUGACCCCCUUCCCUAGGUACAAUGGCUGUUUUUAGCAGAACCACAGCUCUGAGCUUCUUGUGCGGUUCUUGGUAGGCUGAACAAACCCAGCUUUUGAUGUCUCAAGGUCUGAGGUGUGGGUUUUGGAAAAGUGGCGUUCAAGCCUCAGUGUUGCUCUCAAAGCCCAGCUUUUAAAUGACUGUCCUGUAAAGUAGCAGAUUAUUAAACAUGUUUAUCAAAGCUGAUGUGGAAA